AUGACCGACACUUCGAACCCCUCCUCGGGGCUGCAGCUGGUCUCCCUUCCACCCGAGAUCCUGCACCUCAUCGCACAGUCUUACAUCGACGACCUCGACCCUGCCUCGAAUAUCAUCUCGGUGCUCACCACCUCGCACCUCUUCUACUCGCUGUUCCUCCCCAAGCUCUACUCCUCGAUCUCGAUCUACUCGCUCUCCCAGCUAUCGCGGUUCGUCGCCCCGUCUUCAGGUGCGCACAUCCACUCGCCGCGAUACACCACGGGCAGCGUGACGAUCAACAUCCCUGGCGUGCCCGGUGGGGGGGACGGGACGAUGAUCCCCACCGCCGUCGGCAUGUCACGCUCACGAGACCGUCUCUUGCUCGCGUCCCAAGCCCUCUCGUUAUGCCCCAACGUGCGCGAGGUGUCGUUGGAAUUCUUCAGCGUGCGUCACUCGGAGAUUCUCACCACGGACGAGUUUCGUUUGGCCGAAGCAACAGCGUUCGAAAGUGCCAUUCGUGGGUUGUGCAGAGUCGAGCGCUUUCGCUGGGUCCCACCUCGUUGCGAUGCAAACGCGAUCAUGGGAUUGAGCAUCGUCAUCGUAGACCAAGUCAUCCCGCCUCUCGCGCGCGGACUCGUCGGAUGUUCUCGAUUGCACACGCUAGAGCUGUGGAACACCAUGCUACCCGACGAUGGCGGUGCCGACCUCGCCAGCUCCCUCAUCCAUAUCGCUACCACUAGCGGGGGUGAUGUCAAGCUCAAUUUGCGCUCCGUAACAGGAUUAGAUCCCAAAACGGUAAGCGAUCUCGCGCUAGCCGAUCCACCUGUGAAGGUCAACAUUGCAGAUGGGUUCGUGGGCUCCAUCUGGGGCGCACGGAUCGACAAGCGUGUCGUGGAGGAGUGCAUGCGCGAUACGCUCGAUGCCACCUCCUCCUCUGGAAGCGAAAGGUCCAGCCGGAGCUCGUCCGAGGCGUCCAGCAUCGCGACCAGUCGAGCGACCAGCCCCGAGAUGCUGCUGCAGGACACGCUGGCAAAGGCAAGCGAAAACGUCCACAUCACCGUCCUACAAGGUGGCGUAGCCGGCUCGAGGAUGCUGCCCCACUAA